AUGAUACAAUUUUGUCCAGUUUUUUCUGUCCCUGUCUUGCCAAAGGCAAUCACAAAUUCUUUUUCUCAACAUGAACCAACCCCUUUGAGUCAUAAUGAUGGUGAAGCACCACAACCUGAUAUAGAUGUUGCCAUACCAAAUCCACCUGCUAUAGCUCACAAUGAUAAUCAAAUCUUACCUGCUGAACAUAAUCACUCAUCUCAAAGACCAACUAGAAUUCGUAGACCUCCAACCUAUCUUCAGGACUACCAAUGUAGUGUUCAGUACCCAAUACAGAAGCACUUGACCUAUGAUAACCUGCAACCCACUUAUAGAAAGUUUAUAGGACAAGUAUCUGGCAUUUAUGAGCCAUCUUUCUAUCAUCAGGUUGUCUCCAGUCUUGAGUGGAGACAUGCUAUGGCAGAAGAAAUUGCUGCUCUAGAGGCAAACAACACAUGGUCCAUUCAAAGUCUUCCCAAGGGCAAGAAAGAUGAAGGUUCUAAGUGGGUAUACAAAGUGAAAUAUAGAGCUGGUGGAUCCUUGGACAGGUACAAAGCAUGA